AUGACACUAGAGGGGAAAUCACCACAGAAGCGAACUGGCCGCAGAGUAACCCAUUCGCGCGGUGGUUGCCUCACAUGCAAGAGCCGCAAACUGCGCUGUCCUGAAAAUAAACCAAUUUGCAGCCGCUGCUACAAUGAUAAUAGGACAUGCAGCUAUGGAAUUCAACUUCAAUGGGAAGACGACGCCCGCAAGCGCGGGAUUAAGCAUGGCCGCACGACACGGACAGAUCGCGCUGGCCUCUCGGCCUCUAAAUCGUCGGUCUGGUUGAGCUUUCCCAGAGACCAAGGUGGAAGGUAUUUUCUCAAUACUUUCACGUCAGACCUCGAGGGCAACAUCGCCGUGCCUAUGGUCGAAGGACUAAAUUUCGAUAACGGGCCUCUUUGGCAUGAUCAACACCGUCACGCAUUACAUGCUUCUCCCUCCAUGGUGCCGACAUUAUUUUUUGCCCGAGAUACUGACAGUCGGAUUGAUCCAGUUCUAUUUAACUACUACAACAAAUCCGUCUCCAACGUUAUCCCCCUUCUCGAUUCUUCAACUAACCUCUUCCGCCAUUUGGUUCUCCCAUUGGCUUUAUCUAACGAGGCGGUAAUGCACAUGGUCCUUGCUAUCGGUGCCUUGUCACUCACCGCACGAGGUCAAAGACAUCUGUAUCUAACUGCAUUACGGCAUAAACAACGAAGCAUGCAGCUUCUCCGAGAAUAUAUCGCGUCGAACGCAGUCUCUGCUGCAAAUGAUGCUAAUGUGAUUGUUGUACUCAUGCUCUGCGUGUUUGAAAUGUCAGAUAACUGUCAAAUAUCGUGGUCAGCGCAUCUUAGCGCGGCCCUUGAUUUAAUGCGCUUAGCAUCUACACAUUCUUCUACUGGAGGAAUAACCCCGCAAGUGGUGGAAUUUGUUUCUCGGUUUUUCCUCGUCAAGGAUGCGUUGGGCCGGACUGCGUGUGGCAAAGUUGCGAAGAUUAACGAACUGCCACCAGUAGAUUCCAGCGAGAUUGACCCGUCAAUUGGAUGUUCAUACGAAUUGAUCGACAUCAUUUCCAAAAUUACAGAUCUAGCACGGGACCUGCGCAACCCCCAAACCAACCAACGGAAUUGGCUCGCCAAGUCCUCAGAACUCGAGACCCAGCUGUCCUCGCUAACACAGCACCUCCCACCUACCACUUCCCACUCCAUACCACCGCACCCCUCUCCUUCACCCCCUUCUUCCAUCACCGAAGUCACAAUCCUCCAACACACGUCCCGCCUAAUUCACACCUCAACAACUCUCUACCUCCAAGCCACUCUCCGCUCUCUAAGCCCUUACUCUCCAACCGCCCAAUCCCUAAUCACACAGAUAAUCGCACACACCAAACCCCUAUCCCCAAUCCAUCUGCGCUCCGCGCACCUCUGGCCGCUUUUCGUCGGCGCAGUAUUCUCGACUGGCGACGAUGCGGAGCGCGUGUGGUUCUUGAAUCAAUUCGAUGCUCUUGAGAAUGAUGAACGGGCUCUAGUUGCGAGGGGUUCAGUUGGGCGGGUGAGAGGGAUUGUGGAAAGGGUGUGGAAGAGAAGGGAUUUGGAGGGUGAGCGGGAUCAUACCGGGGGUUAUUGUAAUAGGAAUAAUGUCGCUGAAAAUGUGGAUGUUGGGGUGAAGGGGGAUUGGGAGAGGUAUGUACAGCCGCUGAGUGAUGGGCUGUGUUUGGGUUGA